CUAUCAUCUCUUUAUCUUCAUAAAUCCUUAAUCCUCUUCAGUUUUCCCUUUAUUCUCCUCUAGCUAGUAAAGCAAAGAUAUACAUGGCUAAAGUAGCCACCUUUUUCAUCUUAACCCUUCUCCUGGUUUCCACUGUAUCCUUUGCCGCUCGCUUUGGCCCUGCUUUGCCUAACCAGUCCCAAGCCGAGGGUCUUGCUGUUGAAACUGAGCAGUCGAGUGACGCUGUUGAAGAUAGCUGUGAUGGAGUUGGAGAAGAAGAGUGUUUGAUGAGAAGAACUCUUGCCGCUCAUGUCGAUUACAUCUAUACUCAGAAGCACAAGCCAUGAUUUUUCUCUUAAGUUUUAAACUAUGGAAUUAUUGUGCUCGUUAAUUAUAUAUGAUAUAGUUAUAUAUU